AUGGCUGGUCGACCAGUAUUGAAACUCACCUUUGGCAAGAAACCGGCUCAACCGGCGCAAACACCACAGAAAUCUCCUACUCCUCCUCCUCCUUCAGCGACAUCAGCCUCAGCGCCAAAAAUCAAACUGAAGCUUGGUCCUAAGCAGCCGUCCCAGCAGCCAGAAUCGAAACCCACGCCAAAACCUAAGAAAUCUGCGAAAGCUCCCAAGGAAGCACCCGCGAGUAGCUCAUCCAAAAAGAGGUCUCGAGACGCGACAGCAGAUAAUAACGGUACCGCUCCAGGAGCGGCCGUAAAAGCUGAAGGCACUCCUGUUAAGCGAUUCAAACUUACCACAAAGCCCAAGCAACCUACGUCCCUGCGAAUCCGAAAUAAAGGCGCGCCACCGAUAAGACCAAGGGGUGCAGGCUAUGAUUCCGAGGCCUCUGAUACCGAAAUAGAUCCUGCUCUAGAAGAAGAAUUUAUACUACGAAUGGAACCUGGGGAGGACUGCGACUAUCUACGAAAGGCUGUUGAGGAAAAGCGCUUUGGGCCGCGGUCGCAAGGGGGUGCAGAUGUCAGUUUCAAGUCGCUUACCCGUGAUGGAAGGAGAGCUACUGUUACCAUCCGGGGAAACAUUUAUGCUGCCACUUUGGUCGAUCUGCCGGCAAUAAUUGAAGGGUUGAAGAGUUGGGAUAAACGGGGCUGGUACAAGGCAGCAGACAUCUGUCAGAUGCUGCUGGUGCUUGGGAAGAUUAAAACGGAGGAGGAAGCCCACAACUACCCUCUACCAAAGGAUGUUGACCCUACGACCUUUCAAUACGCUCAUGGCCUAACACCUCCAUUACGGUGGGUGAGAAAGCGACGAUUCCGGAAACGUAUCAGCAAUCGAACAAUCGAGGCAGUGGAGUUGGAAGUUGCAAGAUUACUCAAGGAGGACAUGGCUGCCAUCAAACCCCCAGAUUUCGAAAUCAUGGACCAAAGCCAGUACGCACGUGAACACCAAGGAGAGCAGGAUGGAUUCGAUGAGUACGAUGACGAGCAAGACGCAGAAGGAGAAUUCUUCGACGAACAGCAACACUACGAAGAGCAGCAGUACGAAGAGCCAUCAGCGCUGGAUGAUGACCUUGCUGCAGAGAUGGAAGCUGAGCUUGCGGCACAUGCGGAUGCUAGCUCUGUCCCUGCUUCUGCAACCGCAGAUGUCAGCCACACGGGUGAGGAUAGCCAUGAGCCUGAUGCCGAGGGCGAGUUAGAGAUAAGCACUCCCCACUCUCCAAUACCCACCACAGCAGAAUCUUCUGGGGAUGAGGAUGAGAGCGGAAUGUCUACGGCAGAAGAUGCCAAUCAGGGCCUGGACGAAGAUGCUCUUGAGCAGCAACGCCAGCUACAAGAGCAACUUGAGGAAAUCGCCGAACUCGAAGCAGAUGUACAGCUAGAGACACGCCGAUGGGAAGAAAUGCGCAAUCCAAUUCUGAAGUCAAAGCUGGGCAAGCGUGUGCAGAAUUUAAAGCAGGCCUUGGAGCUGAAGAAAGUCUCUCUUGGUGGAAGGGGGGGUAUAUAUGAUACUUUGAGGAGCUUCUAUCCCUUGAUAUAG